ACAACAGCACAUGCAGCCACCAUGAGGAUUAUCGAACUAGUCAUAGAUGGCUACAAAUCGUACGCCGUCCGUACAGUCAUUUCUGGCUGGGACGACAGCUUCAACUCAAUCACGGGUCUGAACGGCUCCGGGAAGUCGAAUAUCUUAGAUGCGAUAUGUUUUGUACUGGGUAUAAACAAUUUGACAGUGGUUCGGGCGCAGAACCUGCAGGAUUUGAUAUACAAACGCGGUCAGGCAGGCGUCACAAAAGCCAGCGUCACCAUCGUGUUCGACAACCGCGACAAAUCGACCAGCCCUGUGGGCUUCGACGAACAUGCCCAGAUCUCAGUGACUAGACAGAUCGUACUUGGUGGAGCAAGCAAGUACCUCAUCAACGGGCACCGUGCGCAACAGCAGACUAUCCAGAAUCUCUUUCAGUCCGUACAGCUCAAUAUCAACAACCCCAACUUUCUCAUCAUGCAGGGACGGGUCACGAAAGUGUUGAACAUGAAACCCGUGGAGAUUCUGGCGAUGCUUGAAGAGGCUGCAGGAACACGCAUGUUCGAGGACAGACGAGACAAGGCGCACAAGACUAUGGCCAAGAAAGAGACGAAGGUGCAAGAACUUGCCGAACUCCUGCGAGACGAGAUCGAUCCCAAGCUCGAAAAGCUACGAUCAGAAAAGCGCGCGUUCUUGGAGUUCCAGCAAACACAGAGCGAUCUCGAGCGCUUGACGAAGCUAGUUGUAGCGCACGACUACGUACGAUAUAACGAGAUGUUACAGCAAUCUGCCGAUGAUCUCGAGGCCAAGAAACAGAGGACAAAGGAUAUUGAGGUGUCAGCGGUGCGCAUGAAAAAGGAGAUCGAGUUUUUGCAAGAAGAUAUCAAGAAGGUCAAGGCUUCAAGAGACAGUGAACUGCGCAAAGGCGGCCUGUUUCAAGGACUCGAAGACAGAGUCAAGAAACACUCACACGACAUUGUACGAUUGACAACGGUGCUUGACCUCAAGAACACCAGUAUGGCCGAAGAGUCCGACCGAAAGAAGGGCAUUGAGAAGAGCGUCAAGGAACUGGAAAAACAGCUGCAAGAGAAGACCAAGAUCUACGGGAAGCUGCAGGAAAAGUAUCAAACAGCCCACGACGAUUUGGCAAAACAAACAGAGGAGGUUGACAAGAAGGAAGAGUUGCUGCAAACGCUGCAAACGGGCGUCGCUUCGAGAGAAGGCCAAGAAAGCGGCUAUCAGGGUCAGUUGCAGGAUGCGAGGAAUCGCGCGAGCGCUGCUGCGACCCAGCAAGAACAAGCCAAACUCAGGAUAUCACAUUUCGAGAAACAGAUCAAAGAGGACGAACCGAAAGCCAAAAAGGCGAAAGAACAGAAUUCUGGUUUCAUCAAAGACCUAGAAGCAUUAAAGUCCCAGGCCAAGAAACUCGAGGCGGAUCUGGUCAAGCUGGGCUUCAACGAGGAACAAGAGACCGACAUGUACCAAAAAGAGUCGCAUUUGCAAGCUCGGAUCCGGGAGCUGAAACAACAAGCAGACGAACUCAGAAGGAGAGUUUCCAACAUCGAUUUUGCUUACAGUGAUCCGUCUCCCAACUUCGACAGAUCUCGUGUCAAGGGCCUUGUCGCCCAGCUUUUCACACUGGAUAAGCAGCACACUCAGGCUGGCACUGCUUUAGAGAUUUGUGCUGGCGGAAGACUUUACAACGUUGUUGUCGACUCUGCUGCCACCGGCAAACAGCUCCUCGAAAAUGGCAGGCUCAAGAAGAGAGUUACAAUCAUUCCCCUCAAUAAGAUUGCGGCUUUCCGAGCGUCUGCGCAAAAGAUCGGAGCUGCGCAAAACAUUGCUCCUGGGAAGGUCGAUUUGGCGCUUUCAUUAAUAGGUUACGACAACGAGGUUACCGCAGCCAUGGAGUACGUGUUUGGCUCGACGCUUGUGUGCAAUGAUGCCGAAACCGCUAAACGUGUGACAUUCGAUCCUGAUGUACGAAUGAAGAGUGUCACCCUGCAAGGCGACACAUACGAUCCCGCUGGUGUCUUGUCUGGUGGCAGUGCUCCACAAUCUAGUGGAGUUCUGAUCACUAUGCAGAAACUCAACGAGCUUACGACAGAACUCAAGUCACACGAAUCACAACUUGCGUCGCUCCAGGCUACUAUUGCUAGGGAAAAGAAAAAAUUGGAUGCUGCACGCAAGACCAAGCAAGACCUCGACCUUAAAAAGCAUGAAAUCAAGCUUGCUGAGGAGCAGAUCGGCGGUAACUCGUCAUCAUCUAUCAUCCAAGCUAUUGAGGAAAUGAAGCAAAGCAUUGUCCAGCUUCGGGAGGAUAUUAAAGAUGCAAAGGCACGGCAAGACGAGGCGAACAAAGACAUCAAGCGUAUCGAGCGUGAUAUGAGCGAGUUCAACAGCAACAAGGGUAGUAAGCUAGCUGAGUUACAAUCUUCUCUAGACAAGUUGAAGAAGGCCUUGAGUAAGAACACGGCAUCCAUCAAACCGCUUCAAUCCGAGAUGAGGGAGGCUAUGGUGGAUUCCGAACAGUGCGGCAGCGACCUUGCAGCAGCACAGGAACAACUCGAGGACGUUCAAACAACACUCAACACACAACAAGAGGAGAUUGAUGAAUUGUUAGCGGAACAGGCUCAAGCUAAGGAUGCACAUGACCUAGCUCAGGCCAACUUGGCCGACGAGCAAGCGAAGCUGAGUGGCUUUGACGAAGAACUUCACGCUCUUGAAGACGCGAUACGCUCGAAGAACUCGUCGAUCACAGAAGGAGGUCUUGAAAAGCAAAGGAUUGGUCAUGAGAUCGAGAAAUUUCACAAGGAGCAAGAAGGUGCAUCGGCUCACAUACAGAGACUCGAAAAGGAACAUGAAUUCAUCGCUAGCGACUCUGAACUCUUUGGACGACCCGGCACAGUGUAUGAUUUUGGCGGUGCGAAUAUCGCGGAUUGCAAGUCGAGAGAAAAGGCAGCGAAAGAGCAAGUCCAGCAGAAGAAAAACAAGAUCAACCCCAAGGUCAUGGCCAUGAUUGACAAUGUUGAGAAGAAGGAAGCCAGUCUCAAGAAGAACAUGCAAACCGUCGUCCGGGACAAGAAGAAGAUCGAGGAGACCAUUGUCAAGCUUGAUGAAUACAAGAAGGAAGCACUACAUAAGACUUGGACCAAGGUCAAUGGUGACUUUGGAAACAUAUUUAACGAGCUUUUACCGGGCAGCUUUGCGAAACUGGAUCCUCCCGAAGGAAAGGCCAUCUCCGAUGGUCUCGAAGUCAAGGUCAUGUUGGGCAAGGUGUGGAAGCAGUCUCUGACCGAGCUUAGUGGUGGACAACGCUCCCUAAUCGCCCUCUCACUCAUCAUGGCGCUACUGCAGUUCAAACCUGCUCCGAUGUAUAUUCUGGACGAAGUUGACGCUGCGCUUGACUUGUCUCAUACGCAAAACAUCGGUCGCCUCAUUAAAACAAGGUUUAAGGGCUCGCAGUUCAUCGUCGUGAGUCUCAAAGACGGCAUGUUCCAAAACGCGAACCGAAUCUUUCGCACUCGCUUUGUCGACGGUACUAGCGUUGUUCAGGCCCUGACAGCUGCUGAUUUGAGGUAACGAAGGUGUGUGACGUUUCAUGAGCUAUGGUUUGGGUAUGUGGUGUCUACGGAGUACAUGAGUUGGAUCGGUCUGGAUACUAGAUAUGACGAUUGCAUAGCUCGGCGUUAGUGCUCAGGUGGGUACUCGUUGUCUACGGCGCUAAUGUCAGGUUUGGAAGUUGCGAAUGUACAUCUACAGUGUAAGUGGUCGCUGCUUGAUUAAGACCUCUUGUCGUGUAUAGCGCCUUCCUGA